GCUCGUGCGCGCGCAGGCACCGGAAGUGUGCGGUUGCCAUGUAAUAUCCUGGCGGCGCGGGCGCGCGAGCUUCUUGAGGCGGCGGCGGGGCGGCUCGGCAGAGCGGGCGGUGGAGGCGGCGCCCACCGGGACCCGCUGAAGGCGCUCGCGGCCCAGUCGGCGGCGCCGGCGAGCCUGUCGCUUGUUCGCUCCGUCCGCUUCGCUGCGUCGGGCGAGGAGGCCCGACGGCGGGAGGCAACAUGUCGGUGGCGGGACUGAAGAAGCAGUUCUACAAGGCGAGCCAGCUGGUCAGCGAGAAGGUCGGCGGGGCUGAAGGGACCAAACUGGACGAUGACUUCAAAGAGAUGGAGAAGAAAGUGGAUGUCACCAGCAAGGCUGUGACCGAAGUGCUGGCCCGGACCAUUGAAUACCUGCAGCCCAACCCAGCCUCGCGGGCCAAGCUGACCAUGCUGAACACGGUGUCGAAGAUCCGUGGGCAGGUGAAGAACCCCGGCUACCCGCAGUCCGAGGGGCUGCUGGGCGAGUGCAUGCUCCGCCACGGCAAGGAGCUGGGCGGCGAGUCCAACUUCGGCGACGCCCUGCUGGAUGCAGGGGAGUCCAUGAAGCGCCUGGCCGAGGUGAAGGACUCCCUGGACAUCGAGGUCAAGCAGAACUUCAUCGACCCGCUCCAGAACCUGUGCGACAAGGACCUGAAGGAGAUCCAGCACCACCUGAAGAAGCUGGAGGGCCGCCGCCUGGACUUCGACUACAAGAAGAAGCGCCAGGGCAAGAUCGCCGACGAGGAGCUGCGCCAGGCCAUGGAGAAGUUCGAGGAGUCAAAGGAGGUGGCCGAGACCAGCAUGCACAACCUCCUGGAGACAGACAUCGAGCAGGUGAGCCAGCUCUCUGCCCUGGUGGACGCCCAGCUGGACUACCACAGGCAGGCCGUGCAGAUCCUGGACGAGCUGGCGGACAAGUUGAAGCGGAGGAUGCGAGACGCUUCAAAUCGCCCCAAACGGGAGUACAAGCCGCGGCCCCGGGAGCCCUUCGACCUGGGCGAGCCAGAGCAAGCCAACGGGGGCUUCCCCUGCACCUCCACGGCCCCCAAGAUCACAGCCUCCUCGUCUUUCCGGUCGUCCGAGAAGCCCGCCCGGGCCCCAAGCAGGAGUAUGCCGCCCCUGGACCAGCCGAGCUGCAAGGCCCUGUAUGACUUCGAGCCCGAGAACGCCGGGGAGCUGGGCUUCCGCGAGGGCGACAUCAUCACCCUCACCAACCAGAUCGACGAGAACUGGUACGAGGGCAUGCUGCACGGCCAGUCGGGCUUCUUCCCGCUCAGCUACGUGGACGUGCUCGUGCCCCUUCCGCAGUGACCGCCUCACUCCUCAGCUGGCCCCGGCGGGGGCCCUGUUUACAUGCGGGGUGGGGCGGCGCUCCCUCCCCCAUGCCAAGGGCUCGCCCUACGGUGCUCUCAGAAACACUAACCCCCUCCGCCCCGCCACCCCCCUCGCCCGCUGCGGGGAGCCCUGGGCCCGGCGGCGCCCCACCUCCGUCCCUGCCCAUUGCCGGCGAUGGGCCCCGUGCCCCGCUCCGGAUGCCCUCGGCCCCACUGCCACCAGCCAGGGGGCCCCUCGGGACAGGUCCCCUCACACCCCCUCCCUCUGGGGACCCCCAGCCCCAGCCAAGCACAGGGAACCUCUGGCACCAGCUGCACUCACCUGAGCGCACAUACAUGCUCACACAGUUACACAGCACACAGAUAUGCACACACGCACACACACAUGCACACACGCGCACACACACACACACACACACACACACACACUCCACACUCACACACGGGACCAGCCUCCACUCUGGAAGGUCAAGCACAGGAGCCCUUCCCCCAGCCUCCGAGCAACCAUUCCUGGGGGCCCCCCACGCCCCAGGGAGGUGCUCAGGGCCACCCCCUGCUUCCCCUCUUCUGCCUUUCCGAACAUUGACUGCUGGGGGAGUCUUGGGCCUGGUUCACAUUCCGCAGCCCCCCCAGGAGCGCAGACAUUCACUCGGGGCCUUGCUUAUUGCCAUUAUGGGGGGCCCAACAGCAGCGCGGCCUCGGGCCCAUGGACAUGUAACCCUGGUUUUUUAAAAAAAG